AUGAAGAGACAGAGAGAAGAGAACCUAGAUUUCGCAAAUUGUCUAAUGCUACUCUCUCACGAUCAUCCCAGAGAAAUCAAACCCCAAAAACUUUUAGGCCCUGUUGAAUUUGAGUGCAGAACCUGCAACCGCAAGUUCUCUUCUUUUCAAGCCCUUGGUGGCCACAGGGCGAGCCACAAGAAGCACAAACAAGACGUGAAAGAAGAGGACGAAAUUCAUAAGCCCAAAAAGCACGAGUGCUCCAUUUGUGGGCAACAAUUCUCUCUGGGUCAAGCUCUGGGAGGACACAUGAAAAAACACAGAAUUGCCCUAAACGAAGCGUUUUUUUCUUCAGUAAACCAGGUUGUGGCAAAAGUCCCUAUUCUUGAAAGGUCCAAUAGUACGAGGGUUAUGUGCUUGGACUUGAACCUGACCCCUCUGCAGAAUGACUUGAAGUUACUGUUUGGAGACAAAGCACCCAAAGUUGAUUCCUUCGUCGUCUGA